AUGGCGGUGAGGCUAACCACCUGGUUCGUGAGCCAGAGGAUUAGCGUUAGCGGCUCCAGCUCCAACUCCAAGCGCUCAAAUUCUAACUCUCGCUUUUCAUUUCAUUACUCUCCUGCUUCUUCGUGCAAGCUUCGACACCGUAAUCUCAGUUGCAAUUGCGUGAAUAAGAGGCAAAAAUUGAAGAAGAAAGACGCAGUCGAACAGUCUUCGGCAACUACAGAUUUCCAGUUCAAUAGCGAUGACGACUCUGAAUCUGAGAGUGCUUCGGUGGGCAUUGUCCCCGUUUUGAAUCCAGAAAGUGUCUCUGACGAUGAAGCUCACGCUACCAAUGCAAACGAUUCUAUUUCAGAUGCUCUAGCUCCGUCUGAUCAAACAAAUCCUUCGGCAUAUAAUACACAGGACUUGGUUGGCAUGAUAAGAAAUGCAGAGAAAAAUAUCCAUCUUCUCAACCGAGCUCGGGUUAAUGCGCUUCAAGACCUUGACAAGAUUCUGGGUGAGAAGGAGGCAUUGCAAGGAGAGAUGAAUGCUUUGGAGAUGAAAUUGGCAGAGACUGAUGCGCGGAUCAGAGUAGCUGCCCAGGAAAAAAUAAAGGUGGAACUUUUAGGAGACCAGUUGGAUAAGAUGCAGAAUGAGCUGAGGUUAAAUGGUGGUGGUGCUGAAAGAGGUGAGGUGGUGGAGAUUUUUGAGAAUGAAAACGAGCUAUUUAAUGAAGAAGCCCCUCUGCCAUACAGAAAUAGCAUCAAUGCUCUUAUGGCCAAUCUUAAUUCAUUGAGAUUAGAAAAUGUAUCCCUGAAGAAUGAUGUCGAAGAGCUUAGGGAGGAGCUUAGCAAUGUGAAGAAUACAGAUGAACGAGUGGUAAUGCUGGAAAAACAACGGUCGUCUUUAGAGUCUGCCCUGAAGGAGUUGGAGUCUAAACUUUCAGUUUCUCAGGAAGAUGUUUCCAAGCUUUCCAAUCUCAAAGUUGAAUGCAAAGGGUUGUGGGAGAAGGUGGAAAAUUUGCAGCUGCUGCUAGAUAAGGCCACCAAACAGGCAGAUCAAGCUAUUAUAGUGUUACAGCAGAACCAGGAGAUUCGAAAAAAGGUUGAUAAAUUGGAAGAAUCUCUUGAAGAAGCUAAUGUCUAUAAGCAGUCAUCAGAAAAGAUGCAACAAUAUAAUGAACUAAUGCAACAGAAGAUAAAACUGAUGGAGGAACGGCUUCAAAAAUCUGAUGAAGAGAUACAUUCUUAUGUUCAAUUAUAUCAAGAAUCUGUGGAGGAAUUUCAAGACACACUAAAUACUCUAAAAGAAGAAAGCAAGAGACGGGCACUUGAUGAACCUGUGGAUGAUAUGCCUUGGGAAUUUUGGAGUCGUUUAUUGCUUAUUAUUGAUGGUUGGUUGUUUGAGAAUAAAAUAUCAAUCGAUGAUGCCAAGGUGUUGAGAGAAAUGGUAUGGAAGAGAGAUCGACGUAUUCAUGACUCGUACAUGGCAUGCAAGGAAAAGAACAUGCACGAGGCUGUGUCUACAUUUCUCAGACUGACGUCGUCACAAACAAGUCCAGGAUUGCAUGUCGUUCAUAUUGCAGCAGAGAUGGCACCAGUUGCUAAGGUUGGUGGCUUGGGGGAUGUUGUGGCUGGUCUUGGUAAAGCACUGCAGAAGAAGGGGCACCUUGUGGAAAUUGUUAUUCCCAAAUAUGACUGCAUGCAGUAUGAUCUUGUUCGUGACCUAAGGGCCUUAGAUGUGGUGUUAGAGUCAUACUUUGAUGGUCGACUAUUCAAAAGUAAAGUCUGGGUUGGCACAGUUGAAGGUCUCCCUGUUUAUUUUAUUGAGCCUCUUCAUCCUGAUAGGUUCUUCUGGAGAGGACAGUUUUAUGGAGAACGUGAUGAUUUUAAGCGAUUCUCCUUUUUCAGCCGUGCAGCCCUUGAGUUACUUCUUCAAUCUGGCAAGAAACCAGACAUAAUACACUGCCAUGAUUGGCAGACAGCUUUUGUUGCUCCACUUUAUUGGGAUUUAUAUGCCCCAAAGGGAUUGAACUCGGCUAGAAUAUGUUUUACAUGCCACAACUUUGAAUACCAAGGGACUGCACCUGCGUCUGAAUUAGGAUCUUGUGGUCUUGAUGUCAACCAGCUAAAUAGACCAGAUAGAAUGCAGGACAACUCAUCACAUGAUAGGAUCAAUGCUGUUAAGGGUGCAGUUGUAUUCUCUAAUAUUGUGACAACAGUAUCACCCACCUAUGCGCAAGAGGUUCGUACUGCUGAGGGAGGACAUGGUCUCCAUUCAACACUCAAUUUCCAUUCUAAAAAGUUCAUUGGGAUUCUAAAUGGUAUUGAUGCUGAUGCGUGGAAUCCUGCCACUGAUGCGCAUCUCAAAGUACAGUACAAUGCUAAUGAUCUUCAGGGAAAAGCAGAGAAUAAGGAAGAUAUAAGGAGGAAUCUAAGGCUUUCUUCUGCAGAUGUCAGGAGGCCACUGGUAGGUUGCAUAACGCGAUUGGUGCCACAGAAAGGUGUACAUCUUAUCAGACAUGCAAUAUAUCGAACAUUGGAGCUCGGAGGACAGUUUGUACUUCUGGGUUCAAGCCCGGUGCAUCAUAUUCAGAGGGAAUUUGAGGGUAUUGCAAACCAUUUUGAGAAUCAUGAUCAUAUUCGGUUGAUAUUGAAGUAUGACGAUUCUCUUUCCCAUUCGAUUUUUGCUGCUUCUGAUAUGUUCAUCAUCCCAUCUAUCUUUGAGCCUUGUGGACUUACCCAGAUGAUAGCCAUGAGAUAUGGUUCUAUACCCAUUGUAAGAAAAACUGGUGGUUUAAAUGAUAGUGUCUUUGAUGUCGAUGACGACACCAUACCUGUUCAGUUUCGGAAUGGAUAUUCAUUCUUGAGUGCUGAUGAAUGGGGAGUAAACGGUGUUUUGGAACGUGCAUUUGACCUCUAUACAAGUAAGCCCGAUAGUUGGCAGCAGCUAGUUGAGAAGGUCAUGAAUAUGGAUUUCAGUUGGGACUCUUCUGCAUCACAGUACGAAGAACUCUACUCAAAGUCUGUGGCCAGAGCGAGGGCAGCAGCUCGCACUCAAGCAAUAUGA